CUUUGGCCCUCUCUCGAGCCGAUGAGAUCGGUCUGCUGCACUUGCUGCACUUGCUGCACUUGUUCCACUCGCUCAGCUUGCUGCAUCGGCCCCACACCACCCCGUCGUCCACAUCCCUGCCUCCCUCGUCAGAAUGUCUGCCGUGCCACAACCUCCGUCGGACGCCUGGUCAACAUUCGUCACGCACGCUGUCGGCUUCAGCCAGGGCGCAAUUGCUGCCUGCGGUGCCGUCACGGUCACGAAUCCCAUGGAGGUCGUCAAGACUCGUCUCCAGCUGCAGGGCGAGCACAUUGACUUGAAGCCUGCUGCCCCCGGGGCUGCCCCGCACGGUCAGCCGCCCAAGGUCUACGGCAACGCCUUCUCGACCUUCAUGAAGAUCGCUCGCACAGAAGGCUUCUCGGGUCUUCAAAAGGGCCUGUCGCCGGCCUAUGGCUACCAAAUCCUCCUCAACGGCUGUCGCCUGGGCUUCUACGAACCUAUCCGCAACGCAUACCAGGAGACGGCCGACUACUUUACAGGGCGGACGGAGCGCAAAGACAACCAAGUUGCAGUGAUGAUGGUGGCGGGCGCCUCAAGUGGCAUUCUCGGCGCCUUUGUGGCAAGUCCGCUAUUUCUGAUCAAAACGCGCAUGCAAUCGUAUGCCCCAAGCGCAACUGCUGUCGGCUUCCAGCACAACUACGUCCAACAGGGCACACUGCGGUCGCUGGCCAUCGUCUUCAAAAAUGAAGGCAUUCGCGGGUUGUGGCGAGGCGUCGAUGCGGCCAUGAUUCGCACUGGUGUCGGAUCAGCCGUCCAGCUCUCAAGUUACGAUAUCAACAAAAAGUUCCUUGUCCGCUCGGGCUGGUUCAAAACUGCCCGGGAUAACGGCGAGGCCAACGUCUGGCUGCACUUUGCUGCCAGUGCUGUCACCUCGUUCUAUGUGUGUUUGGCCAUGAACCCGUUUGACGUCGCCAUGACCCGAAUGUACAAUCAAAAAGUCGCUCAAGAUGGCAAGCACGGCGCUCUCUACAAAAAUGGCUUCGACUGCAUCGUCAAGAUGAUCCGCACUGAGGGCGUCAGCGCACUCUACAAGGGCUUCACCGCGCACUACUUCAGAAUCGGACCUCAUACCAUCUUGACUUUUGUCUUCCUCGAGCAAGUCAAGGCCGCCACUCGUAUGAUAUGGAACUAGACUCCAAGUUCCCUUUGCGGCGCUGACCCUCUCAUUCAUUCCCACGAAAGGAUCAUGGCACUUGCCCAUGCCCCGGACCCCCAACUCCACCGAAUCCAUGUCCAGCCAUUUUGGCGACCGUCCGCGAGCCCACAAUGGCAUCGGCAUCAUGAGGAUGGAGUGCGAUAUUCACGCCACGAGACACGAGCAUUCUGUUCCGCAAUACAGUCGCUUGGAAAGAGGAUCCCAUUGUGUCCAGCCCAUCGCCGGCGUGUCUCGGGUACUAGACCUCGCUCCAUUCGGAGUGUAGAUUGACUUGAUCAUGCGCGUCCGGGAGGAUUGAUCAAUCGGCUUUAUU